AUGGUAAUUAUGGUUAUUAUAAUACGACAGCUCACGCGUCCAUUUACCGUCAAGCAACUUCAACAGCUUUUGAGCAAAUUUGGUCAAAUUGCUGAAAAUGGAUUCUGGAUUGAUAAUAUUAAAUCAAUGUGCAUAGUGAAGUAUUCAAGUGUUGAAGAAGCUGUUAUUGCUAGAGGAAGACUGCAUAACGUAGUUUGGCCAUCUUGUAGCCCGAGAAUGUUGAAAGUCGAUUAUACUGACGAAUUACGUAAUUCAGAACUGAAACGACAUAUAGAAGGCGACAAGCGAACAGAAGGCAAAGAUAAAAAGGAUCCCACGCACGAAACAAAAGAAACCAUUGAUGGAUCUAACGCACCAAAUCUUCGUAUCUCUGUAAAUGUUGACGUUGAUCAAAGUAAGCGUCAGUUGCAUGUUUCGUCAUCUACCCGCGAAAAAUCAUCAAAAGAAGUUGAUAAGGAAUUGAAAAAUCGAGAUCAUGAUAGAGAACGACGAAGGAGACGGGCAUCAGAUUCGCCUAGACAUGUCGACGAGAAACGGGUUCGGCGAAGUUCUCCAUGGCGAGAUGAACAUAGAGGACGAAGACCUGUUGAAGGACAAAACAAAGAACCAGAAAAACGACUUAAGACGGCAGAUGAAUUAUAUCAAAAAACCAAGACGCAGCCUGCGAUUUAUUUUUUACCACUAACCGAUGAUCAAGUAAGUGAAAUUUAUUUAUUUUUAUGGGAAAUGAAGCUGGUAAGACUAUAUUUGCAAAUUUGUUAG